AUGGCAUCCCCUCCAUACAUGUCAUCUCGUUCUCCACCCCCACUGCAACAUCCUAAACCUACCCAUCCUGCCUACCCACCUCCCGAACCUCCUCAUACACCUACCGGCGGAUCAGCGCACUCCUCUCCUUAUUCCCAGGCCCAGCGCAUCUCGCAAGAUGGUUAUAUACGAUACUCCUCUCCACCCGUAGGCGAGCAGCAGACUAUGGCUUCGGCUUCUUCUAGCUCAUUUGGCGCUUAUGGUGGUGGAGUUCAGAAUCAUCGAGCGGGUUAUCCAGCUGGAACACCUGGCGUUGGGGUUGGACCUGCACCGGGCCCACAGGGGUAUAGUACUAUGAACAAUGCGAAUGCCUUUGGAGCUUGGCCUGGUAUGAACGAUGCGACUGCUCAGAUGGGUGUGCAGUUUGGUAAAUCCGCGGUGGCAGCUGGUCAAGAGUAUGUAGAGAAGAAUUUCACUCGAUACCUCCCUUUACACUUGAUCAAAGUAUCAUUCUCAGUCACCAACUCCUACGUGCUCAACAAAUUGCGCUUGGUCUUAUUCCCCUGGAGACACAAGCCAUGGUCAAGACAGAUCAAAAGGUCCUCUGAGAACGGGGUCAUGGAAGGCUGGCAAGCUCCCAGGGACGAUAUCAAUGCUCCUGAUUUAUAUAUCCCUACAAUGGCCCUAGUCACAUACACUCUCCUUUCAGCUCUCGCUUCAGGCUUACAAUCCCGAUUUCACCCUGAAGUACUAGGUCUAUCACUCUCGAAAGCCCUAGCAGUCGUCACUUUGGAAUUCUGCGCCAUCAAAUUAGGUUGUUACCUCCUCGACGUCAAAGGAAGUGGAGCAUCAGGAGUAGAAUUGAUAGGUUAUGGAGGAUACAAAUUCGUAGGUAUCAUCGUGGUGAUUAUAGUUAGUAUGUUGGGAUUCGGUAGAUUGGUCUGCGGGGCGGUCUUCGUCUACACUUUCGGAGCGAAUGCUUUCUUCUUGUUACGAUCGCUGAAGUACGUCUUACUUCCCGACGCAUCUGUAUCGACCGUCACGACUACGCUUUCGCACUCUCAGAGAUCAAGAAGGGUCCAGUUCUUGUUUUUCAUGGCUAUGAGUCAGGUUUUGUGGAUGUUCUGGCUCUCGAGGGUGUAA